AUGAAUUUUUUCCGAACAGCUACUGCGGCCUAUUCAAACGUUAUGACAGAUCCAAAUUGGCCAAAAUAUGAAAUUCUUGAAUCUCAUAAAGAGUAUGAAAAACGAAAAUAUUCAGCGUUGUCCUAUGUUGCUACCCAAUUUGAAGCUAAAACUGGUGAUGAACCUGUUAUGUCUCACUUAUGGAAACUGGUCAAAUACACGCAAGGAGGAAAUUCCGAUGUUAAAAUAUUGAAAAUUUAUCUUCCAGUCAUGGUUAAAGUAAAACAAAAAUCUAAACUAGAAAAUAACUUUACUUUGAUGUUGGUACUAGAGAAAGAAGAUCAAAUAAAUCCUCCGAAACCAACCGUUGAAGGUGUUUUUAUAUUAAAUCAGCCUGAAUGUAUUGUUUAUUCAAAUGGGUUUGCCAAGGAGGCCGAUUGGAAACGUGAAAGUAUAGAUUUGAUGAAAAACCUUCAUUCAGUGCCGAUUAAUCAUGAAGAAAUUAUAUCUGCUACAUAUGAUUUACCAACAAAAUUAAUGAAUCGACAUAAUGAAGUGAUGUUUAUAGGAUUAGACAACAAUAAUAAAACGUUCGAUGAAACUAUAGCAUCGUACAAUGAAUUAGCCGUCCAACAGUGA